UGUCUCUUGUGCAUUCUGUGUUGUUUGGGUCUGUCACGUCACUUGUCUUUUUUUACCUUAGCUGUCUGAGGGUCAUCUUGGCAUCUGUGAUCUUUGCGUUCCUCGGCCCGGCACCAACGCCACAGGCCUUUUGACUCGGGAGUCCGGACAGGCAUCGCAGUCGUAUCUGUCUUUAGAAGCAUCCGGUCAGAUGUCUUUUAAGGUGUCGUUCCGAGCGGUAGCGACAGCCGCGCACCCCAACGAUCCAUUAUAGCGGCUUAGGACUCGUGAGAACGCCAAGCUAGGUAGCUCAUUCUUACCGUAGGCUUUUCAGGCAUCCCCUUGUGCGGUUCUCAGAAGACAUAGUUUUCUUAGCAUCUUCUUCCUGCAGGGUUCUUUGAGCCUCAUCGGCUCCGAGCCGGCCGUCUCGCCUAGGUCAUCUCGUUCCGCAAUCUCUCUGUCCUCGCGGGCAUUUUUCUCGCCAAGAGAUUUUUCUCCUCGUGGCGUCCCCUCGUUUGUCGUGUCCUGUCCUGUGUCACGGGUGUCUGCACGUAUUUGUCCCGGAGCUGCUCUGUCCUGCUGCAUAGCCAGGCGUAAUUGCACAAGUCCUGGAGACCUGCAAUUUGGAAUGGGGGAUGUAGUUGUAUUCUAGAUGGUAUUCCUAGAUUCAUACAGGAUGCUUGGACCUGUUAAGUUAUCCUACAGUUGUUUGAAUUUUCUCCUAACUUUCUUUCAGAUGCAGACAUUUAAGAUCUGUGGCAGAGCGCCCCUCCCGGGUCAGGGGGUUUUCCCCAAGAAGGAAGUCCAGGCAGAUAGCUGCAGUCAAGGCCAAGUGUGCAAGGUGUCAUUGCUGCCCUCGGCGUGUGAAGGAACAGAGUCAAGCGGGUAUCCUCCUGGCAGCCUGUUGAGUCGCAUCAAGAUUUCAGGUACCGUGAGGAGGCGCAUAGGUGAAAUUUGGAAACGGCAGCACCGAAGCGGAUGUAGAGACCGUGUCGCCGUCCACGUCCGGCUGAUGAUGGAUUUUGUCUGGUUGUCUUGCAAAAGCUAAGUGUUGGGGCCCGUAGGUGGGAGAAGGGGAAAAACCUUUACUAUCACAGGAGACAAUUAGAUGUUAGCUUAGAGGAGAGGCCCAUAGUGGGACGGGCCUCUAGGAAGCAGAGGGAGAGGGUUUCUACUCAGCCUCACCAGAGUCUUCGCCGGGCAGGGCAGUUCCGAUCCGUCUUUGCGUCCUCGCGAGGUUUGCGUCGGCGGCCUUCUUCGACUCUCGACGUCGUCGUGGAUCUUUUCACCCGAGGAGCCCGCCUUCACGUCCGGAGCUCUAGCCACGGUCACGCCGUAGUCAUCGCUUUCUUGUCUAGGCCUACUGAGCUUCUUAGGCUUCCUCUUAAGUCCUUUGGCACUAACAUCUUGAAAGGAGUUAAAUUUCAUCAUCAUAUGCUAUUGCCCUAGGGCUUUCUUUCCUUUGGUAUCAUCGGCCUAUGAGUCAUCUUGGACUAGCAAUCUUGGGUCCAUAAGGUGGAACUGCCAGGCAGUUUCCACUCGUGUCUGUGUUAUGUUGUCCGUGUCUGUGUUAUGUUGUCUGUGUGUGUGUUACGUUGUCCGUGUCUGUGUUAUGUCGUCCGUGUCCAUUGAUUUGUGCAUCAUAGGCCUUUGUUACAUCUUGAGGCUUUCUCUGCAUUGUUCUCUGCCGUAUCGGCCAUAUUUUACUCGUGUACCUUCCUGGAUAUCGCUUAUUCCAGCAUCGUUACAUUGUUACUUUUUGAGACGGGAAGAAGUACAGGAGACGUUCUCAUCCAUCUUCCUUCUCACCUUUGGUAGCGCCUUCUCUUCCCGUGCCAUUCUCUCGGACUUCUAGAGGGAGCAUAUUAGACCGUCGUCACCUGACCGCAGUAGUUCCGUAGCUUGCGCCUUCUCAAAGGGUAUAGGGCUCAACAAUUCAUCUUCCGGAGAGUUACGUCAAGUCCUCACUUAUAUUGUAUCUAUGUUGGCUUAUAUUGUACGUGCUUAGGUUGUACCUUCCUAUGUUGGCUUAUACUGUAUGUGCUUAUAUUGUAUGUACUUAUGUCGUAUGUACCUAUGUCGGUUUAUAUUGUAUGUACUUAUACUGUAUGUACCUACGUUGGCUUAUAUUGUGCAUAUAUUGUAUGUACCUACCUUGGCUUAUGUUGUACAUGCCUCUGUCGUGCCACUUACGAUCGGAGCUGCCCUGCCCAGGCGCGUAGUCACGGUUAGGUAGAGCAGUUAUAAAACUUUACAGUUCAUCUGUCUUCUAUGGGGGUUUUGGGUACAAAAUUUAUGGACCCGGAGCGGGAAUAGCUCCUUGCUGUCAGAUAGUCACUCGUUGACCGCCUCCCGUCGCCUCUGUCGUCUCGCAGGUCCCCGGGUCUCUACAAGUUAUCCCGGAAUCUACCGCCGGACAUCGAAGAGCCGCGGUCAGAAGACGCGUCGAAGCGUCAACGUAGCGUUUCAAGUAAGGGUCGCGGUCAGCGUGUAAGCGGAAGAGCGCGUGAGAGAGCGUGAUUGUCCGUGUCUGUCUGUGAGAGCUUGCGUCUGCAGGUGUGAGUGUGUGUCGACCGCUUCUAACCUUGUGCGUAUGGCCUUUGCCUUUCAGGUUUUUCAGCUCAUUUUUAAAUUUAGAAUAAAAAAUCCCCAGCCGGGGGGUUUUUUUUUUUUCCCCCCGGCUGGGUUUUUUUUUCCUCGGUCCCGGCCGGUCCGCGAGGCGACGUUCAUCGCCAAAGUUCGGAGGCGGACCGUCCCGGGACCGGGGUUUUCGUCAGGCAGGAGAAUUUUUUCGGACGCUCCCGGGAACCACGUUCCCGAGGAGCGUCGUGCAUGCGUGUCGAUGGCCGGGGGUCAGAGGAGCGGUUGAGAUGAGAGCGAGGGUGGGUUUGUGCGUGAGCUGAAGGAGGGCUCUGUGUGUGUGUGUUUGUGUGUGUGUGUUGACCGGUUCUAACCUUGUGCGUAUGGCCUUUGCCUUUCAGGUUUUUCAGCUCAUUUUUACAUUUAGAAUAAAAAAUCCCCAGCCGGGGGGUUUUUUUUUUUUCCCCCCGGCUGGGUUUUUUUUUUCCUCGGUCCCGGCCGGUCCGCGAGGCGACGUUCAUCGCCAAAGUUCGGAGGCGGACCGUCCCGGGACCGGGGUUUUCGUCAGGCAGGCGGAUUUUUUCGGAGGCUCCCGGGAACCACGUUCCCGAGGAGCGUCGUGCAUGCGUGUCGAUGGCCGGGGGUUAGAGGAGCGGUUGAGACGAGAGCGAGGGUGGGUUUGUGCGUGAGCUGAAGGAGGGCUCUGUGUGUGUGUGUUUGUGUGUGUGUGUUGACCGGUUCUAACCUUGUGCGUAUGGCCUUUGCCUUUCAGGUUUUUCAGCUCAUUUUUACAUUUAGAAUAAAAAAUCCCCAGCCGGGGGGUUUUUUUUUUUUCCCCCCGGCUGGGUUUUUUUUUCCUCGGUCCCGGCCGGUCCGCGAGGCGACGUUCAUCGCCAAAGUUCGGAGGCGGACCGUCCCGGGACCGGGGUUUUCGUCAGGCAGGAGGAUUUUUUUCAGAGGCUCCCGGGAACCACGUUCCCGAGGAACAACGAUUGCUGGGGCUUAACGGAGCGGUUGAAACGAUAGCGACAGUGAGUUUGUGUGCAAUGUGAAGGAGGCGGUCACGGUGGAUGACUGUUGGUUUCUGUGUGCUAUUUUUGUUUGGUCUUUCCUCUAACAAUCAAUCAAAAUGUAAUGUAAAUAGAAAAAAGGUUAUAUUGUGUUAAUGUGCGUUCGUUGUCUAUUGCCCCGUAUUGUUCCGUGUUUGCAUUUGCUGCUGCAUUUCCACAUACGGUUCUGUAUGUAAGUGGGAUUUCUACCGGUCAGUGUACGGAUUGUAUCUAUGCUCCCAUUGGUAUACAUUGUUUCCAUGUAUUUUGCUGGAGUGUAAAUAAAAAAAAU